GCUGCAUAGGGAACCAUCCUUAGAGUAAUAGCAUAGUGCACCUAUUGGUUAUACUGUGGUAUAAAUCAAUCAUGUGAAGAAUCAUACAACAGUGAUAAAACUGUUUUUUCUGCUGAAUGCAGUCAUUGACGGAACCAACCAGUUCAACGUUACAACGAUUGCACUUCUCUAAUGAUCUGAGAAUCUAUGUUUUUAUAGAGAUUAAAACAGAAUAAACAGAGAAUACGAGAAUUUUUACGAAGCUACAAUUUGUAAUUUUAAUUUGAUCGGUGCUAUUAUUACAUAAAUGUUAAGUAAUAUCAUCAAAAACAAUCUCUUACUACGUAGUAAGAGUAUACUGCUUCCUAGAUAUAUCACAUCACAAGUAACAUUUAAUAUCAGAAACAAAUGGAACAUGGUAUCUUCUAAAGAUCAGUCCACAACAUCGGAACCUGAAGAUGACGAUGAGACCAAUCGGCCUAUAAAAUACUCUACUUCAAAAGCUGCUGCUAUGAGAAUCGAUGAAUAUCGUGAUCCAUAUGGAGAUACUGUCCCAUGGUAUCAAGGAUAUGUUAUUUCACUAAGUAUAGCCGUCUUCUUAGGUUAUUUUUGUAUUUUAAGAGAGGAAAAUGAUAUUGAUUUACUACUUGAUACUGAUUUGGAAGAUUCACUGAGCAAAGCACAAAAAAAUUUAACAAAAGAUAAUAUUAAAUCCUGAUUAAAGUAGGAUAUCAAUUCAUCUCAAAUUAUCUUUCUGUGUUCUUUGUUCUUUGUUUCAUAAAAUUAUUAUGUAAUAUAAAUAUUCAUAUUUAUUUCAUUUUGAAAGAUAGACUAACAGAUAAUUCAACCCAUAAUAUUUAUCUAAAUACUUGUACAAAACACUAGAAAAAAAA